AUGAAUUUCCGUGAAGUUUGGAUGAAUUCCGAUCACAAUACCUUGGCACAAGCCUACGAUACAAAUUUCCAUCAAAAUCAACUCAAUUUUCAUCAACAGGAAUUCGAGACUUGUCAGAAGUUCAAUGUGGUGAGUUUUGGGGCCAAAAAAUGAACUUUUUGGGACCAGAAGCCUGAAAAUCCAUUGAAAAUCGAGAAAAUCCCAAAUUUUUCAUAUGAUUUUGAUUUUUGGCUCCAAAAAGCUUCAAAUUCCACGUGGCAAAUUCAGAUUUUUCAAAUUUUAUUUUUUUUUGCUCAAAAAAAAAAUUCACUGUUUCCAACAUUUUUGAUUUUUUUUUUAUAAAUUUUCUAUCAAAAAUUGAAGAAAAUCCCAAAUUUUUCAUAAAAUUUUUGAAACAGUGAAUUUUUUUCAUUUGAAAAAUUCAAUUUUUAGCUUCAAAAUUUAAUUUAAGAUUAAAAAAUCCCCAAAUUUCUUGCUGAAAAUUGAUUUUUCCUUAAUUCUAACCCAAAAUUAAUUUUUAAAUUAAUUCUAAGCUGAAAAUUGAUUUAAAUCACUAAAAAACCCUUGGGAAUUCAACACAUGGGUGGUAACAGUGAAAAUUUGCACAGAAAAAUUCAUUAAAAUUUUGAAACAGUUAAUUAUUUUGAGAAAUUUAGAAUCGCAAAUGGAGUAAAACUUCUAUUGAAAAAAAUUCUCAAACUUUUUUUUGAAAAUUUUUUGAAACAGUGAAUUUUUUUUGUGAAAAAAUAUUGAAUUUUGGCUCCAAAAAAAUAGAAGGGAAUCAUCGAAUUUCAAUUUUUUUCAAAAUUUUAAGAAAAUUUUCAAACAGUGAAUUAUUUUCGAAAAAUUUUAGUUGCUGAAAAUCCUCAAAUUUUGACACGUGGCAAACGAAUUUUCGCGCAAAAAAUGUAACCAAAAUAAAAAAAUGUAUCUUCUGAACCAAAAUUUUCCAGAUUUCCUCAAUUUAAUCGAUUUUUCCAGCUGAAAACUGAUUUUUUUACUGAAAAAUCGGAAAAUUUUCACAUUUUCAUGAAAAAAUGCGGAAAUAACAGUGAAAACUUGCACAGAAAAAUUCAUAAAACUUUUGAAACAGUGAAUUUUUUUUUGAGAAAUUUAGAAUCGAAAAUGCACUUAAAUUUCUAUUUAAAAAAAUUCUCAAAUUUUUUUUUUGAAACAUUUUUGCAUUGAAAAAAUUCACUGUUUCAAAAAAUUUUCAACUAAAAAAUGGGUUUUUCUCUGUGAUUCUUUCGCUCAAUUGAAUAGAGUUAAAAGUUUUGUGAAAUCCUCGUGGCAAAAAAAAUUUGGUUACAUUUUUUUGUUUGCCACGUGUCAAAAUUUCAGAAUUUUCAGCAACGAAAAAUUUCUUUUAAAAAAUUCACUCCUAAAAUUAAUUUUUUAAUAAAUUCUAAGCUAGAAAACCCUUGAGAAUUCGAAAUUUCGAGCUGAAAAUGUGCUGAAAUUAAUUUCAGAUUGAAAAAUCUCGAAUUUUUUUUUGCAGAUCCUAAUUCUCCUCUCAAUUUUCCUGGUCUCCCUCAAUUUGCUAACAAUUCUAUUUUUCAAUCGAAAAUCGAUUGCACGGAAUUUCAGAAGGCGAUUUCAGCAAUUACAAAGAGAUGAAUCAAUUAAUGAAGGUAAGGGCUUUUAGGUUUAGGCCUAAGGUAAAACCUUAAGGCCUAAGGUUAGACUUAAGGUCAUUUUUGGGUUAAAAUUUGAAUUCCCAAGGGUUUUCCAGCUUAGAAUUUAUUAAAAAAUUAAUAUUAGGUCAAUUUUUAGCUUAAAAUUUAGGGAAAAUUGAUUUUCAGCAAGAAAUUUGAGAUUUUUCAAGCUGAAAUUAAUUUCAGCUCAUUUUCAGCUCAAAAUUUGAAUUCCCAAGGGUUUUCCAGUGUUUUUAGGUCAAUUUUUGGCGCGAAAUUUAAAAAUUCAAAUUUUUUUGCAGCUCUCAACACCACCGAACUCAAAGGCUAA